AUGGCGAUGAAGCGACGCAUGACCCUGCCCUCGCUCCCAGGAAGAGUUGACCCAAUCUACAAAGCUGCUCAAAAGCCGGCUUCAGAUCCGGGGCACAGCGCAGCGUUCAUUCUUGUCCAUGGCUUCGGUGAUACAGCCGAAGGUCUAGAAGGCAUUGUCGACCAGUUCCAGAAUAAUUCGAAGCUCCCUUAUAUGCAUUGGGUCAUUCCGAAUGCAGAAGAAGAUCGAGACUCCAUGACAACAGCUUGGUACUCACCCAAUUCGUUCUCGCCAUGGCCCAGCGACCGACCUGAGCUGGCUCCCGAGGAAGAUGUAGAUGGCAUGUUCAGAUCAGUCGCAUACAUCGAGACAUUGAUCGACGCAUGCGUCAAUAAAGGCAUCCCUCCACAGCGAAUCGUACUUGGAGGGUUCAGCMAAGGAUGCGCCCUCAGUCUGCUUCUUGAUCUCACGAGCAAAAAGUAUGCGGGCAAGCUUGGGGGGAUUGUGGGCUUGAUGGGAUAUUUGCCAUUGGCAGAGACCAGAAAGAUUGAGGACAUGCGAGCCAAUGCGGGAUUGCCGCCGCUUCAUGGCGAGGUUCCUAUUUUCUUGGCCAGAGGAACGAAGGAUAUGAUGAUUCCGAAGCGAGUUUGGAAUAUUGCGCUGAAGAAGUUGGAAGAGCUUGGCUAUGGGAAGGACUCGAUGGAGGUGCAUGAAUAUGAGACUGGCCACUCACUAACCGGGCCGGUGUUGCGCGAUGUGUGUGCAUUCAUUGAGAGAUAUGUACCGGCGCUGGAGGAUUAG